UAUUGAAAAGUUUAUUUUAUUUUAUUUUGGGUUUUAAAUGAUCAUGGGUUUGGGAUUGUUUGUGGGGUGUUUGUUGGGUAUUGUAAUAGUUGGGUGGUGGGUGGCGAAGAGUGUAAAUAAGUGGUUAUAUGAGAGAAAAUUGGGAGAUGAAAUAAGGUAUAAUCUACCACCAGGUGAUAUGGGUUGGCCUCUCAUUGGUAAUAUGUUGUCUUUCCUCUCUGCUUUCAAGUCUUCCAAUCCUGAUUCCUUCACCUCCUCCUUCAUUCACAGAUUCGGUCGAACGGGACUAUACAAAGUGCACAUGUUUGGCAAUCCUAGUAUCAUUGCCACGUCAGCAGAAGCAUGUCGGAAAAUUCUAACCGACGACGAAGCAUUCAGGCCAGGCUGGCCAUCCUCCACGGUAAAUCUCAUCGGUAGAAAAUCGUUUGUCGGAAUUUACGACGAAGAGCACAAAUGGCUACGGAAAUUAACCGCCGCCCCUGUAAACGGAUACGAAGCAUUAACCGUCUACAUGAAAUACAUCGAAGAAAAUGUCGUAAUUGCCCUCGAAGAAUGGUCGGAAAUGGGGCAAAUCGAGUUCUUGACGGAGCUAAGAAAACUCACUUUCAAGAUAAUUAUGCAUAUUUUUCUUAGCACCGAGGGGGAGGAAGUGCGUGCGGCCCUCGAGAAGGAGUACACCGCAUUGAAUUACGGAGUUCGAGCUAUGGCGAUUAAUAUACCGGGAUUCGUUUACUACAACGCACUUAAGGCGCGUAAAAAUCUUGUGGCAGUACUACAAGCUGUGGUGACUAAGCGAAGGGAGGAGAGGAGAAAAAAUCCGUCGACCGCAAGGAAAGAUAUGAUGGAUUCUCUUUUGAGUGCCGAAGAUGAAAACGGUCGAAAAUUGACCGACGAAGAAAUAAUCGACGUUUUGAUUAUGUACCUAAAUGCCGGCCAUGAAUCUUCCGGACACACUACUAUGUGGGCCGCUGUUUUUCUGCAAAAGAAUCCCGAUGUGUUCAAAAGAGCUAAGGCUGAGCAAGAGGAGAUAGUGAGAAACAGACCGGCUGAUCAAAAAGGUUUGACUUUGAAAGAGAUACGUAAAAUGGAGUAUCUUUCUAAGGUGAUCGAUGAAACUCUUCGUGUGGUCACAUUCUCUCUGAUGGUUUUUCGAGAGGCGAAGAAAGAUGUCAAUGUUUGUGGCUACACGAUUCCUAAGGGAUGGAAAGUCUUGGUGUGGUUUAGAAGUGUGCACUUCGAUCCCGAAACGUAUAUCGAACCAAUGAAGUUUGAUCCUUCCAGAUGGGAUGGAUUUACACCAAAAGCAGGGAAUUUCAUUCCUUUUGGUGCUGGAAGCAGAUUGUGCCCUGGAAAUGAUCUUGCAAAGCUCGAAAUCUCGAUUUUCCUUCACCAUUUUCUUCUCAAUUACGAGCUUGAACAGCAUAAUCCGGCUAGUCCGUUGAUGUACUUACCGCAUACGAGGCCAAAGGACAACUGCCUCGGAAGAAUCAGAAGGGUUUCUGCUAAUUAAGCUGUGCUGACAGCAGAAAUACAGCACCUUUUUAUUAAGCUUAAUUAACAUAAGAGACUACAUUAUUUAGUAAUGGUUUUUUUUUUAAAUGGUUUUUUUUUAUGCAUCUUGUAAUGGCAAGUUUUGUUUUUGAACUUAUUAUUUCGUAUCGCACACAGUCUGCAAUCUUUUUCCAUUCGGCACGAACAAAUCGGGCUUUA